GUAUACACAAUAGAUUUGUUGUUGUUCAUGCAUGGCAGUGCUCAAGUCCAUUUUGAAGCGUUCAGGCAUCCCGAAAAGUCCCAAAGUCCUGGAUAGCCGGCGCCGAGCCCUUCGAACCACCGUCAAAUUCGACAUACCGAUGCCUCCCAAAGGCACCAAACGAAGCCGAGCUCCUACGCUUGAUGACCAUGCUGUCACGGCGUUGCCUCGGAAAGGCCGAGCGAAGAAGCCCCCUGCAAAGGCCGUCGAUGCCCUCAAGCAGACGAAGGCCAAGCCGGCUCCGAAGAAGCGUACUGCGCGCGGCGCGAAGAAGCCCACCGAUGCCGCGACGAUGCCUCUGACGAUGCCUCGUCAGUUGACGAAGACGAGCCAGUUAUUCGCGCAGAAAGAGAAGAGAAAAUCGUCGUCAUCUUCUGCAACCGAACCGGAGCUGAGGACGACGUCAUGUACGCCGGCACCAGCGCCGUCAUUAGCAUCAAAGGGGGGCGAGGUCUUCCUCUACGGCCUUCUAGGCCGCGGAGUAAAAGAGCUUCUUGUGGUCGACACCGAUACCCCUUCCGCCCGCUUGCUUCUGGAUAAACAAGUGCACCCCUUCCAUGUCGGCGUGUCGCUCCGUCCUUUGCCCAACAUGUUCUCCAAAGAUGGACGCCCCCGGGACAGUUUUCUACCUUGUCCCUAAAAACAACAACAAGCGUGCUACGGAGGCUGUUCGAGACCCCGCUAACAGCAAUCGAAGAUGCAUUCUCCCCCACGUCGCAAAAACAAGCCAUGCUUGCGAAUUGGGCUGGAUCAGCCAGUUAAAAAACCUCCCUACCUCGUGACCAUCGAUAUACCGAUGACGACGAAGCCGUUCUCGCGCGAACAUGUUCAGGAAAGUAGAGACGUCUUUGCAUGAUCUGGCCGCACAGCUAGUGGCCACUGCGAACCAUUGUCAGCUCCGCGAGACCGCCAGUUCACUAUCUCCUGGAUGAUUUUAUGGUAUUGCUAUGCAAUGGUUGAACGGAAUGAGAGUUUUAAUUGUUAGAUAAAAAUUAACGGAGAGAUCAAGCAACUCAAUAAUACAGCCUCUUCAACUCCCCA